UCCAAUAUUUAUAAAACAGGAAACUGUAGAACUAAAUAUUUAUUGUUUUAUUCAUCAUAUAAUAGGCUUACUUCACUCUGGUUUUCUAAUAAGUGCUGCUGAUGGGAUUUCCGAAGAUAUAUGGCUGAGACAACCAUUUGAUUGAUGUUCUUCCACUGAGUAUUCUCCAGUUUGUAUUUUUGUGGGACACAUCCCAUUUUUUUGAAAAUGAUGUCCUUUUUUGGUGCAGACAAGGAAAAGGCAAGACUGGUCAAUGCUAGUCGUGGUCUAUAUGACUGUGUCUACAUGUUUGUCUCUUGCACUAACACUCUAUUCCGAAUGUUCAACCAGUUCCUCAAAACAGAAUUCCCGAUUAUUAUAGUGAGGGAAAACCUUAGUAUCAAGGAGAAUCUUCAGCUCCUGAUGAGUUCUCUGAGAGAGAUGCAAGAACUCGUGGAGUCAAAAGAUAAAGAGAUCAAGGAGAAAAUCAGCCAUCCUUUGUAUUCCAAGAUUACUAAAGCUAGCUCCUCUUCUACGGAUGACAAAAUUAAACUUCUAAGGGACAUGGCUGUUCAGUAUAAAGGGGUUUAUGACAACAUCUGUGGUCCUGUUUCAAUAAUCUUAUUGAAACAUGGCAAUCUCAUAGAGAAACUAGAGGCUGCUAUUCGGGACUCAUCAAGCACUCCUGUGCUGUCUCUUCGAGUGAGUGACCUUCUGAUGACUUAUGAAGAAAUUACUAAAGUACUUCCGGAUGUCACCACAAGUGCAUCUAGUGUAUUGCUGCCAACAGACUCAAGGGCUCGCAGCAUGUCUAUAGGAACUGCAACUUUCUCACUUACCAGUUUCAUGCGGAUCCUAGCUGUUCGAGGACAGUCUUCUUCAAAAAAUACCGUUGAAAUAACUACGGAUUGCCUGGAAGAAACUGUUAAAACACUGAGGCCUGUUUGUGAAAGUUUCCAAAAGACUGUUAAGAUGGUAGAAGAAUAUGUCACAUUGAUAAUUGACAAGCUGCAGUGAAGCAGAAGGUGAUUGCUCGAGUCUUAGAAACCCGCUUCUCUUUAUGCAGCAGGGAAAUUGUGCAAAUAAAAAAGAGAAAAUGUCAUAUUUUCUUUAUCUGCCAUUUUGAUGUAAAAUAUUAAGUAUGCUUG